UCGACGCGGCGUUGAACUCAUGGAGCAACCCGGAGCUUCAGUCCAAGCUGCGGGAGCUCGGAGCUCCAACGAUGGGUCCCAGAGAGGAGCUGAUUGACAGGCUGAAGGGAUACAUGAUGCAGACUGGAAUCCUCCUCAGCAAACCUAACGAUGACAAAGCGAUGGGCUCGCAGGUGCCAGGUAUGCCACCCAUGCCCCCGAUGCCCAUGCCGCCCAUGCCUCCCGGUAUAGGAAUGCUCCAGGCUAUGAGCAUGAUGCCCGGAGGGCCCCCUCCGCCUGGCAUCCACAUGGGCAUGGAGCCCCCGGGUUUGCCUCCUCCAGGCCUGUCGCAGGAUGAUCAGCUGAAGAUGGCUCAGCAGAGAGCAGCCAUGGUGUUACAGCAGGAGGAGCGAGCCAAGCAGCAGGGUGAUUCCCGUGUCAUGGAUGAACACGAUCUCCUGGAACAGCAGAAAAGGGCUGCUGUGCUGCUAGAACAGGAGCGUCAGCAGGAGAUGGCUAAGAUGGGAGGACCCAGAUCCAUGCCCACUGUCAGCCCGAUGCGAGGAAUCGAUCCCCGCGCUCCGCUGCCACCUGGUGUCAGUAUGCUGCCAACGCAGAAACAGAGAGUGCCGCCUCCUCCAGGAGAAGAUAACCGAGAGCCCUGGCAGAGCGAGGAGGAGCGUGGAGCGAGCGGGCCCAAGAUCCCUCAAGCUCUGGAGAAGAUCCUCCAACUGAAGGAGAUCAGACAGGAGCAGCUCACCGAGCCCGCAGAAGAGGAGGAAGAUGACGAUGCAGAGAUGAACUCGUCCGCACCGGUCAUGUCUGAGACGGAGGAAGACGACAGCCAGAUAUCAAAGAAAGACAAAAACCGCAAACGCCGAAACCGCAAGAAGAAGAGCAAGCAGAAGCGAGCCCAGGAGAAGAAGGAGCAGGCGGAGCAGCAGCAGAAAAAGGAGGAGGGCAGCGACAAGGAGAAGGAGAAGGACAAGGAGAAGGAGUCAGAGGUGGAGAUCGAGUACAUCACAGAGGAGCCGGAGAUCUACGACCCCAACUUCAUCUUCUUCAAGAGGAUCUUUGAGGCGUUCAAGCUGACCGACGACGUGAAGAAAGAGAAGGAGAAGGAGCCCGAGAAGGCGGAGAAGCAGGAGACGGCCAUUCUGCGGAAAAAGGGAUUCGAGGAUGAGAAGAAAGACAGCGACGACAGCGACGAGGAAAUCAGACCAGAUGUACCGAAACUCUCAAAGAAGAAGCUGAGGAGGAUGAACAGGCUGACUGUGGCCGAACUCAAGCAGCUGGUGGCUCGUCCAGAUGUGGUGGAGAUGCACGACGUGACGGCACAGGAGCCCAAGCUGCUGGUCCACCUGAAGGCCACCAGGAACACGGUGCCAGUACCCCGCCACUGGUGCUUCAAAAGGAAGUACCUGCAGGGCAAGAGGGGUAUAGAGAAGCCUCCGUUCGAGCUGCCCGAGUUCAUCAAGAAAACAGGGAUCCAGGAGAUGAGGGAGGCCCUGCAGGAGAAGGAGGACGCCAAAACCAUGAAAACCAAAAUGAGGGAGAAGGUUCGACCCAAGAUGGGGAAGAUCGACAUCGACUACCAGAAGCUGCACGACGCCUUCUUCAAGUGGCAGAUCAAACCCAAGCUCACCAUCCACGGAGACCUUUACUACGAGGGAAAAGAGUUUGAAACUCGGCUGAAGGAGAAGAAGCCGGGCGAUCUGUCCGACGAGCUGCGUAUCGCUCUGGGCAUGCCCGUUGGACCCAACGCCCACAAGGUGCCUCCUCCCUGGUUGAUAGCCAUGCAGCGGUACGGCCCUCCUCCGUCCUACCCGAAUCUCAAGAUCCCCGGACUCAACUCCCCCAUCCCGGACAAUUGUACGUUCGGUUAUCACGCCGGAGGCUGGGGGAAGCCGCCGGUAGACGAGAUGGGCAAACCUCUUUACGGUGACGUGUUCGGGACCAACGCUGCAGACUUCCAGGCCAAAGCGGAGGAGGAGGAGGUGGAUCACACACCGUGGGGAGAGCUCGAGCCUUCGGACGAGGAGUCAUCGGAGGAAGAGGAGGAGGAGGAGAGCGACGAGGAGAAGCCGGACGAGACCGGAUUCUUCACGCCGGCGGACAGUGGGCUGAUCACGCCUGGAGGCUUCUCAUCAGUACCCGCCGGCAUGGAGACCCCAGAGCUGAUCGAGCUGAGGAAGAAGAAGAUCGAGGAGGCCAUGGACGGAAACGAGACGCCUCAGCUGUUCACGGUGCUCCCAGAGAGACGAACCGGCCCCGUCGGAGCAGCCAUGAUGGCCUCAACACACAUCUACGACGUGUCGGGGGCCAUGGCGGGGCGUAAGGCGGGCGGAGGGCAGGAGUCGCAGGGCGUAGAGGUGGCGCUGGCUCCGGAGGAGUUGGAGCUCGACCCCAUGGCCAUGACGCAGAAGUACGAGGAGCACGUCAGAGAGCAGCAGGCCCAGGUGGAGAAGGAAGACUUCAGCGACAUGGUGGCUGAGCACGCUGCCAAACAGAAGCAAAAGAAGAGGAAGGCCCAGCCGCAGGACACGCGAGGCGGUGCCAAGAAAUACAAAGAGUUCAAGUUCUAGAGCCGAGACGACGGGAAAGGAAAGAGGAAGAGCCCCGCACAGGUUUUAACUUCACAGGACGCAGACUGCAACGCCAAUCAUCUGAUUAGACCAGUAGCAGUAACCAUGUUUGUGUUCCUUUUUUUAAAAAAAGAAAGAAAACUAUAAAUAGACGACGCUUUUGUGACGCGAGAACGCUGCCGUGUAUUUCCUCUGUUCGACGUCUUGGUUAUUUUUUCACUGUAAUCUUGUCCUUUUUGUCUUUUUUUUUUUUGUAAAUAAAUGAAGUGAUGACAGGAGUUCACAA